AUGUCCAGCUUGCUCUUUGCCCAGGAUCGUGGUACCAGCAGCACCAACUCCGGGAGCUCGAGUCCCCGAAGGUCGCCUCGGAAGACACCCACGGAGCCCGUUCCGUUGUCUUUACGCGAAAGCAUCAAGAAAAGAAUCAUUGUAUGCUGCGACGGCACCUGGCAGGAUGGCAUAAAGGGAGACACCCCGGCCAAGUACACUAAUGUCUUGCGACUCGCGAGGACUAUAAGCCACGAGGAUCAGAGAUUCACUCCGGCCAUACCGCAAAUCGUCUAUUACCAAUCCGGCGUUGGGACAGACAGCAACUUGUACUCGGAAUACAUCGAGGGUGCUACCGGGUCAUCUCUAGCGGACAAAGUAGAAGAAGCUUAUGCAUUCAUUGCGCAUAAUUAUGUGCCUGGCGAUGAAAUCUUUCUCUUUGGGUUCUCAAGAGGUGCAUAUACAGCACGUAUGGUCGCCAUGUUCAUCGGUGAAAUCGGCGUUCUCGACCGCACGGAGAUGGAGCACUUCGCGGGUAUUUUCAUUGCCUAUCAGAGGAUGGGAAAAACAUCGGACCCUAAAGAAAUCGAGCAACUCAAAGCGAAGCUAGCCCCUUGGACCCAUCACGAUUCACCUGGUAAAACACGAGCGGACUUUGACUCGGACUCGUUUUCCGUGAAGUGUAUCGGUGUAUUUGAUACAGUAGGAUCGCUCGGUCUUCCAGAAGAAAUAUCCCUCAAGAACAAACGUGCAAGAAAUUUGUUCGGCUUCCCAGAUCGACUUCUUGGGGAGCAUGUUUAUCGCGCAUAUCAAGCUUUGGCUCUCAAUGAACCUAGAGCUGACUUCGAUUGUGCGCGAUUCGAGCAGAAGCCUGAUGCCCUUGCAAAAGGCCAGCUCUUGAAACAGUGCUGGUUCACUGGCUCCCACUCGGACAUUGGCGGAGGUUACGAUGAACAUGACCUGUCAGAUAUCACCCUCACCUGGAUGGCGUCACAAAUCGAGGAUAUGCUAGCCUUGGAUAUGCGAUACUUAGCAUCUCGUCCCAACCCUACCGCUGCCUGGGGGAAGCAGCCGCCUCAUGAUCCCAUGACGGGGGUUUUCGUGCUAGCCCACACAAUCAAGCGCCGACUUCCGACUGCAACCGAUAGCAUAACCCAUGAAUAUAUCCACCCCUCCGUCUUAGAGCAAUCGUCGUUAUACCCCAGCGUCAAGGACGUCGUGACCAAGCACCCGGAGCUUAUCUGCGAACUGACCCCUCUGGAGAAGGAAAUGAAGCUUAACUGGCCCUACAAGGAGACAUUGGUAAAGACGACGACUGAAGUUGACAGUCAGGUUACAAUGAAUGGAGUGACCACAACGACGUCCUUGUUGGUCGAGAAGACGGCUCUGUUGAACGGUUACGGGAAGGACUUGCUGGAUAAAAUGGCAGCUGACUUGAAAUCCAAGGCUGAGGCAUGA